CCCAUCUCGUGCUGCCACGAAGUACUUGUAUACCGGGACACUUCACAAAAGCCCAGCGGGACUAUAUACAUCGCCCAUUUGAAGACUCAGCGCAGUCUGAUAUAGAACCUUGUUUCCGUGCCCAGCACUUCGAGUCCACGCCGCAGCUCGUUCCAAAUCAAAUAUGGAUCAAUAUGCUCGCGGCAAAGCCGCCCUCGAGCGGAAAGACUAUGAAACCGCAAUCAGGGAGUUUACAGAAGCAAUAACGCAUAACGCACGUGCCGUGGACUACUAUAUUCAACGUUCUGUCGCUUAUCAACGAGCCUCGAAAUAUGAAGAAGCACUGGCCGAUGCCGAAACCGCUGUUGUUCUUGCAUAUAACCGCCAAAAACGCGAACUGAUCCGAGAAUCCCAAUAUCGACGUUUUCUGGCUCUCUUCUCUUCUGGAAAAUAUGCGGAUGCGAAGGUCGUGCUCGAACUGGUCAAAAAGAUGGACGGGGACAAGCCGGACAAGCGUCUUCCACUGGUGGAGUCGCAGCUUGCAGCAAAGCUGGCCAAGCUGGAACCUUCCGAUAUUGCAUCAACGUCGACAGUAAAAGAGAUACCGGACGUUCCUCUACCAGAAGAAAAUCAAGUAAAGGCGACAAAAGCGGCGUUGCCGGACUCGAAAGCGACUAGCAGCAGCGGCACGCCUACAGCCACGGCCAAUGUGCCUACGCCUGCAAACAAAAUAAAGUACGAUUAUUACGACACACCCGAAAAAGUAACAAUCACCUUGUUUGCGAAGGGGGUGCCCAAAGACAAGGCAACCAUCGAGAUCGAGAACGAUUCCCUAACAAUUUCUUUUCCGGCCGGUGCAUCCGAUUACAACCUCACUCUGGAUCCCCUGUAUGCGGAGGUUGAUCCCUCAACCUCUACCUACCGCAUCACUCCUACUAAAGUUGAGGUGGUCCUUAAGAAGGCAGUCCCCGGCAAAUGGAAAGCCCUUGAGAGCGACCGACCCGCGUCCUUGCCAGAAGACGCCAGCACGUCCAUACCUGACGAAGUUCUCAGGCCGGAUAAACCCAAAGAAGCCACGCCCUCCUACCCCACCUCCUCCAGGACGGGUGCAAAAAAUUGGGACAAACUAGCCAACGAUUUUGAUGAUGACGGGGAAGGUGCUGAUGCCGCGCACAGCUUUUUCCAGAAGUUAUAUGCUGGUGCUGAUCCGGAUACCAAGCGGGCCAUGAUGAAGAGCUACUCAGAGAGCGGCGGAACUGUGCUGAGUACGGACUGGAAAUCCGUUGGGAGCAAGGAGGUUGUACCACAGCCUCCAGAGGGAAUGGAGGCAAAAAAGUGGUAGAAGCAUUUCAGGGGUAAUUGUCUGUACCGUGAAUCAUACACAAAGACAGACUUAUAUGGGUUAUGUAAGGACCGCAUGGAGUUAUCGGAUCAUCUUAUGGGAUAUUAUUAAUGGAUGGUCUGGCUUUUUGAGGGUUCAGCUACGGAGGGAGAGUAUUUGCAGAAUAAAAUGCUUCACCAGUGUCUUCGGAUA